CCUGUGGUGCGGUCAGAAGGCUGGCCACAACACCAGAGAAAAAGUUGUACUUACCGAUGGCUGUCAUCGCUUUUUCUGACAGAUGUUUUUACGUGCCCUAUUACGCGAGUUUCACCCUAUCCGUACAGAAUCCAAUAGAAAAUCCUUCCUCUGAACCUUCUGUGAAUUUAAUUUCGUCUCGAUAAACACAAUCGCGAACGACAGUGUGCUCGUUUAAGUUUAAAGGGUGCGUCAUCGGAAUUCCAAGGAUCACGAUCACUUGAAAAAGAUCGUCGUCCGAGGAGCUGAACGACUAAAGGAGAAAUAAAAGAAGUGUGGACGGAAACACGUGAAAAAGAGAGAGAGACUGAAAACAAAGGGUAUGGCGAAGACAUAUGAUUAUUUGUUUAAGUUGUUGCUGAUUGGUGACUCAGGGGUCGGCAAGACGUGCGUCCUCUUCAGGUUCUCCGAAGAUGCUUUCAAUACGACCUUCAUCUCAACUAUUGGAAUUGAUUUUAAAAUAAGAACAAUAGAAUUAGAUGGCAAGAAAAUAAAACUACAAAUAUGGGAUACAGCAGGUCAGGAAAGGUUUCGUACGAUAACUACAGCAUAUUAUCGUGGUGCAAUGGGUAUAAUGUUAGUUUACGAUGUGACCAACGAAAAGAGUUUCGAAAAUAUAAAAAAUUGGAUUAGAAACAUUGAAGAAAAUGCCUCGGCAGAUGUUGAGAAAAUGCUGUUGGGCAAUAAGUGUGAACUUAAGGAAAAACGACAGGUUUCAAAGGAACGGGGAGAACAACUUGCAGUCGAGUAUGGAAUUAAAUUCAUGGAAACCUCUGCUAAGUCUAGCAUUAAUGUUGAAGAUGCGUUUUACACUCUAGCACGAGAUAUCAAAGCCAAAAUGGAAAAGAAACUGGAAGCGUCAAAUCCACCGAAGGGAGGCGGACAUCAGCUGAAAGCGUCUGAGCCACAAAGGAAGCCACCAAGUUGGCUUGCACGAUGCUCUAUACUCUGACCCUUCGGCCAGUGUAACUUCGACCGUCACCCUCUACUUUUUACCUUCGGUCUCCUUCGCUCGCUUCACGAUGCGAGUCCUUCUGUGAUUUUACUCCUUGACAGCCACCUUCGUUUCCCUCCGUCGCUGCCGGUCUCUCUUUUUUACUGAUUACUCAUAGGAGCUCUUUUAUCCUGGAGGAGAAACUCACUUCCCCUCACUUAAGAAAAGAAAAAAAACAUAUUUAAGGAUUCUUAAAGGAAACGAUCGCGGAUUGUGAUAAUUUUUGAUAAUUUUCUAACGAUGUUAAAGAGAGCUCAGAACGCAGAUCCGAAGAUACGACCGUAAUAACUUCUCUCCUUUACCUAUUUCGCGACAAUGAAAAUAAUUUCAUAGAAAAUUAUCCUUGCAAUGGUGCAAUUUACCGUGCAGUUCGAAAACGUUACAGCUAAACGAUUGUGACGAUUGAUAGAAUUCAUAGUUGAAGGGGAUAAUUUUAAUUAUUUGAUCAACGUAUAAUUUAGAACAUAAAUCAACGUUGAAUGAUUUUUUUUCUCAUAUAAUUGGUAGUUUAAAUAUGUAUACUGAAAAUUGUGCGUCCGAUAUGUGUGCAAUUUCUUUUUGUUUCGCAGAACAAGUAACGUAGGAUAAAACAAGAAUGAAGUAAUAAAUAUUAACGUACAAGUUGAAUACUUGCGAAAGCAAUAAAUUAUUAAAUUGUUUCAAUAUUUAAGAAGUAUUUGAAACUGCUACUUUUAUUAACAUAAUGUUUUAAUAAAUUAUUCAACAUAUCUACGAGGAAAUUUACAUUGACAACAACAAGCUAAAAAAGACAAAGAAACGUUUGUUUUGGAGUAUGUGCUACAGUUUCUCCUCCAUUUUUCCCAAUAUUCAAGGGGUACGAUGGAUUUUUAAAAUAUGUUUGCAUUCGUUUUAUUUGAACGAACUGAAACCGAGGAAAAUUCUUUCGUGAAUGGAAAAGUUUUUCUGUUUUUAAGUGUCUCAGCUAUUUGUUUAUAUAUAUAUAUAAAAAAAAAAAGAAGGGGGUGCGGAUAGGUAAACAAUGGGCGGUCAUUUUUUAUAUAUAAAUGUAUAAGUAAGUAUACCUAUAUAUAUACAUAUAUAUAUACACAUAUAUAUAUACAUAUAUACAUGUGUAUAUAUACAUAUGUAUAUGUAUAUAUAUAUACACACACAUUGUCAAGUUAGCUUUUUCACCGAAUCGAAGGGGAAUCUUCAUUAAGUAACUCAUUAAUUAGCGCAAAUUCAGGUCUCAAAGAGAAAGUUCUUUCGAUUUUCUUUCACUUUUUUCCUCUUUCUAUCGUCGAAGUAAUUAAACAAAAAAAAAAGGUGAAACACGGACUUUGUCUUCGUUUGAAACGCUUGUUGUAAUAGUUUUUCGAGGAAACAGAGGGCUCUCCUUUUUUUUUAUACAAGAAAAAGGGAUUCCGAUCUGUUUCCACUUAUACUUAAAUAUACGAUUAUUAUAAUACAUUUUAUAUUAAUCCUA